ACCCACGACCAGGUUGCUACCAUGCUGUUCCUGCAAUCUUGGAUAUCAACUAUUUUGAUGUGCUUGCUGCCGACCUCAGCGAUGGCGAAUGUGGUAGGAGAGCAAGUUCAACGCGUGUUCGAAGCGUCCGGAGACAGCCACUGGCGCGUCUCUGUCUCCGACGAUUGGGAUGUUCUUGGACCGUUUCCCAUCCACGCGAGAGAGCAACAUCUAUUGUCACCAUCAUUCCCAAUCAACUUAACAGACCAGAUAGACUUCAAUGCGGCCUGGCCAUCAUCCUACGCAGACGGGGGUGCCGUAAGGUGGACAACCGUUCGUUUCAAAGGUGAUGGUGAACUGGAUGUAUCCUUCCCAAACAUACGGUGGGAAUCACUGCGAGCUACUGAGGGAUGGGCUGCGCUGCAGCAUCACUCGGUUCUACGAAGCACUGUGACUGUAUACCCGCCAUCUUCUACUAUGUCAGCACAUUCAAAUAGCCACCCGCGUCUCCUAGUAAACCUCGUGCAAGGCUCCUUCUUUACGGUAAUACCUCGCACAAAUGCUGAACACAGUUCGCCUUCGAUAGUGCCUCAAUGGCACGCGGGAAACGUCUACGACAUGAACAGAGCUCCACUCCAAGCUGUGUCGUUUCCGACUCCUCCGUCACGCAUAUCGCCUACCACCUAUGAUCUAUUCAUAAGUGGAGAUUACGAGAUCAGACUCUUCGGGGAUCCAUUAUACAAUGGAAACCGCCAUGGUGUCCCAGUUCUUUCCAUGUCGCUCAAAAUUGAGAUAGAGGAAGAACCGGCGCAACCUACGGUAGCUUUAAUGUCAUCGCAUGACGUUUCAUGCGACUUCAUUAACGGCUGGGCGUUCGGCGAUGCGUUGGGCAUAGGAGUGCGAAGCGUGUCUGGCUGGUGGACGGUCAAAAAAGUAUCGCUAGCUUCUCAUAUCGACGGGCUCGAACUGAUGCUGGUGAAUACAAUUCGCAUCGCGCCAACGCAAACCCGUAUCGUGCCAGUCAGAAUCACUCAGAAUGCCUCUGUCGCUCUCAUACAACUAUCUCUCGACCUACAUCUGGUUUCUGGUGGCGCUUCCGAAAUUUUGCGUGUCACUCUACCCGUUGUCCAUCAUGCGCUUUGGAACGCAACCGUCUACCCUACUGAUGGCAUCAAAGCAUCGUACUUUUUCGCAGCGACGAUGCCGACCGCAUUCAUCGUGAAACCCCCUCAGGAACUGAACUCUGGCGAGCCGCAUCCUCCGGUGUUGGCCCUUCAUGGUGCUGGGGUCGAUAUCAUAUCGAUGCCGUUCUGGAUACAGGCCCUUCCUCGUCAACGUCGCAGCUGGACGAUCGCGCCUACCGGCCGCACUGCCUGGGGUUUAGACUGGCAUGGUCCCAGUGCACAGGAUGCUUGGAGCACAGUGGACGCGUUAUACGGCAUCCUGCAGCACAAUCCAGCAUGGAGUGAGUAUUCUUUGUCGGAGAACACCCGUGUCCUAGUCCUGGGCCACUCCAACGGCGGUCAAGGUGCCUGGUUUUUGGCGUCGCGAUAUCCAGAUCGUAUUGUGGGAGUGGUCUCCGCUGCCGCAUAUAUCAAGUCGCAAGCAUACGUCCCACUUACCCAAUCUCGAGCGGCACACUACAUUGACCCCUCUAUGCGCGCGAUACUCGAAUCAUCACUUACACCCGACGACAACGACCUGUUUCUUUCAAACCUUGCUUACACACCUAUUUUAGCGAUUCACGGGGGAGACGAUGAGAACGUCCCUGUAUGGCACACUCGCGAAGCCGUGAGCGUCCUCAAGGCUUGGAACCCCGAUGCGAACGUGACUUAUAGAGAGGACUCAGGACAGUCGCACUGGUACCCAACAGUCUUCGAUAACAGUGACGUUCAAGGGCUUAUCCGCUCAAUAUUGGAGCAGGAGCCAGGUUCAUCUCAUCUGCCUCCACCUACGGAGCCUAGGUCCUUCACGCUGACUGUAUCAAUACCCGCUGAGAGCGGUUCAUUGCAUGGCUGGCGGAUUCGCAGCCUACUUGUACCUGGCCGACUGGCGAGGUUGACUGUAAGGAUGGAAGGCAUGAAGGUUAACGUGCAAACGUCUAAUGUCGCGACUUUCUCCGUCAAGAGUCUCCCUGAUGGUUCAGAGCUAAAUGUCGACGAAAGCCUCGUCGCAUGGACCGGCUCUGCCACGGCUGUGAUGCUGCACUUCUCAUAUCAGAGUGGAAUUUGGAAUGCAAGACAAUCUUCCAAUCUCGUACAAGACAUCAUUCAGCCUUCCGGUCGAUUGUCACGCAUCUUAACGACGUCUGCUCCUCUCACCAUCGUCAUCGACAACUACGAGUCUCCUCAUUUGCUGUCGGCUGCUCUACGAAUCGCCAAUAAUCUCGAUUUGUAUCACAAGAUAGAUGCCGAUAUCAUAGACGAUGAAGAGGCCUUGCGAAGACAGAGCUCCCGUUCAUUAGGCCGAGGCAAUAUCGUCGUGCUGGGUAGCUCAGAGAGCCAUUUCUUGGGAUCAGUUCUCGCUUCGAACAGGUCUCAAUUUAGUAUGCAUGAUGGAUCGCUACGACUGAAGGGUCGUCCGCUCAAUACAUCGGAGAAUACUGCCUUGUUUCUGCAUCCGCAUCCUUAUGACUCGGAUGCAUUGAUGCUAGUUAUUCACACGGAUGUGGAAAUCGGUUUGGAGAGAGCAUUACGACUUGUCCCAGUGCGCACCGGCAUAACAUCCCCAGAUUUCCUCAUCCUCGGCGACAUCUCAGACAUCGUAGCGGCUGCUGGCGUCUUAGUGGCUGGAGUCUGGGGAAAUGAUUGGCAAUGGAACGACGCCAUGUCUUACUUCUGA